GAACAGGUGUGCAUGGAUAGACUCAGGAAGUGGUCCCCACUAGAGCUGCAAGCAAAGACAGUGCAAACAUAGAAGGGAUCGCCAGAUUUAACUUUGAAACAUAGUUUCUCACGAAACUGGUGUGCCAUCUCCGCCCCCCAUCACCCUUUUCUUUCCCUUCUUAUAUUCACUCUCUUCCUCCUCUCUUCAGCCUCUAUUCUUCUUCUUCUUCACUGCUCCAAUUAUUAUUGCAUUGCAUUGCAUUGCCUCACUUCUCUUUCUGUUGUUGUUUCUUCAUGGCUCCAGCCUUGGAAGAAGGAGGAGAAAGAGAAACUAGUGUGGCACAGAACAACUCCUUGAACAGUGUUGUCAAUGAUGCCACACACAGAUCCAAAGUCACUGUUAUUGGAAGUGGCAACUGGGGCAGUGUUGCAGCUAAGCUCAUUGCCUCCAAUACCCUCAGGCUUAGCUCCUUCCACGAUGAAGUGAGGAUGUGGGUAUAUGAGGAGACACUACUAAGUGGUGAGAAGCUCACAGAUGUCAUCAAUCGAACCAAUGAAAAUGUCAAAUAUCUCCCUGGAAUCAAGCUUGGCAAAAAUGUUGUUGCAGAUCCAGACCUUGAAAGUGCCGUGAAGGAUUCCAACAUGUUAGUGUUUGUGACUCCACAUCAAUUUAUGGAAGGAAUAUGCAAAAGGCUUGUUGGGAAAAUAAGGGAAGAUGCUGAAGCUAUUUCCCUUGUUAAAGGGAUGGAGGUCAAAAUGGAAGGCCCAUGCAUGAUCUCUAGUCUCAUUUCUCAGCAACUGGGAAUCAACUGUUCUGUUUUAAUGGGUGCCAACAUAGCAAAUGAGAUAGCUGUGGAGAAGUUUAGUGAAGCAACUGUUGGAUACAGGCUCAAUAGAGAAGUUGCUGAGAGAUGGGUUCAGUUGUUUUAUACACACUAUUUCAUUGUGACAGCUGUUCAGGAUGUUGAAGGAGUCGAACUGUGUGGAACUUUGAAAAAUGUUGUGGCCAUAGCGGCAGGUUUUGUGGAUGGCCUGGAGAUGGGAAAUAAUACAAAAGCUGCAAUCAUGAGACUUGGUCUUAGAGAAAUGAAGGCAUUUUCAAAGUUGUUGUUUCCAUCUGUUAAGGACAGCACCUUUUUUGAGAGCUGUGGUGUAGCUGACCUUAUCACAACAUGCUUGGGUGGAAGAAAUAGGAAAGUUGCUGAGGCUUAUGCAAGGAAUGGAGGGAAGAGGUCUUUUGAUGAGCUUGAAGCAGAAAUGCUACAAGGCCAGAAAUUGCAGGGUGUCUCAACUGCGAGUGAGGUUUAUGAGGUUCUAAGCCAUCGUGGGUGGCUAGAGUUGUUCCCUCUCUUCUCAACAGUGCAUGAGAUAAGCACUGGCCUACUUCCACCAUCGGCCAUAGUUGAAUACAGUGAGAAGCUACCCAGGUCCUUCUAAUUCAAAGCAUAUUUGUUGUAUAAGAAAAUAUAAAUUAUAGUGACAGUAUCAAGGAUAUACAAAAUGCAUGCUUUAGCUGUAUCAACAGUGGAAAGCAUUGGUGGCUAGGCUGCUUUUUCUUUCCAAAAGAUCAUGCCAACAAGGAGCUUGUUUCCAUAUGGUUGAGGUUCUCUGAAGGCCAAGGAAGUUGACUUUUUGUAUGAAGUUCUUAUCAAGUUGUAUUAUUCCACUGCAAACAAUUAAUACAUGCAGCAAGCUUACAUAGUUUACAUAUACAAUAAAGUAGUAAUUGAACUGUGUAUUGAUCCAUAUGUUUGAUUUUUCCAUUUUUCAUAAGCUAUUAAUUGAGCUGUGUGUUUUAUUCCCCAAUUUGGAUGAGGAAAAUGCUUUAGGAUUUAACACUACAGGUUGUAUAUGUUGAAGGACAUUAGCUGGGAUUAUUUUUCCCAUUUUUUC